AGACACGACUCCCUUUUCAGUUUCGGCGCCUCCUCUACUCGGAAUGCCGCUGAACUGAAAUCUUUGCUUGGGAGCUCAAGUUCACGCCUCAGACGCGGUGCCACUGUACUUUCCCGACAUACCCACUCAAUGGACAAGGACACGCGUAAGGCCCACGCCGUCUCCCUUGAGCAAGCGAAACCCCGCGCACGUGUCGAAGUUGACAUCGUUUUGGAAAGCGACUGCGUUGUCGAGGGCGGCUACCUUCGUGGCAACCUCAAAAUACGCGUCCGCAAACGGCAGAAGAAGGAAGCUCCUGUACUCCUUGCGGAUGGCCGCGUGCGGGUUAUCGGUUUCGAGUGCGCGGCCGGGGAUCGUCACCAGCACACCUUCUAUCAGCGAGCCAGUGCGCUGUCCGCUAUUACGGACGCACACACCCGUCUCUACGACUCCCCGCCAGAUGAAGAAGGCUUCGCACGUGCGAUGGAGGGCGUUCAUAUCCUUCCAUUCGCAAUGCAUCUACCCGAUGAUGGCAACUUCGGCUCUGCCAAGGGCACUGUCAGCAUUCAGUCCGGGGUCGCCCUUCGGUACAUUGCGAUGAUCUCCGUGAAGGUGAAAGACUCGAAGACCUCGAAGCGGUCUAUUGCACAUUUCUACCGGGACUGUCAGGUAUGGCCUCGUCUCCAAGUCGACGGUGUUCUAGCAAGCGCGCCCCGACCUAUUCAGGCAUCUACCGCGAGGAGUAUUUCCGUCAUCGGUGGCGGAAAUAAGCUGAAGCUCACCGCAAUGUUGCAUCGCUUGACAUGGAUUGCUGGGCAGCGAUGUUACGUGCGUGUCCGUAUCGGGAACGAAACCAAGAAGACGGUGAAGACAGUGACCCUGAGCCUCGUGCGGACCACAAGUCUGUUCAAAUCCAACCCCGACCCUGACCCUGACGAUCACGCCGUAGCGGGGAAUAAUACCUGUCAGACCACCGCGACGCAUAAGAUUGUGGCGGAAACGACCCUGGAGAGAAGCUCUCCUGCCACAAAGAACCACGCGAGCGCUGAAGGCUGGUGGACAGGAGCGCAGGCUCUCCAAGAGGUAUAUUUCUCCCACUACAUUCUCCUUCCGCCGGAUGCACUUUCUGUGCCUCGGUCGCGCCUCCUUGAAGUCGAGUAUUCUAUCCGCGUAACUGCCAGUGCUGGCGCGUUAACGUCGGAUGUGCACGUCACGCUCCCAAUACGUAUCAUCAAUUUUCUAUCGGUCGACCCACCGCCGAGCGAACCG